AUGGUCCACCGUUCAACAGGACCGGAAGUGCUCGACCAAUGCUGGCACUCAGGGGUCCCAGGCACUGAUGAGGAUUCAAUUGGUACAAACCAGCUGAAGCCCUUUGGCCAUAUGUGCGAGAGCCAUCAUUUCCUAUCGUGGAUAAGAGAUACAGUACCUGAGCACAUGACGGGGCGGCUAUCCUCAACGUCGAUUUCCCCACGAGCGGUUGCGCGCCACCCUCAAGAUGUGAGUCGGGUGUUGUGGUCCUGUCCCCCGUCUUGCACUGACAAACUAGCAGGUGUAAGUGCGAAGAUAGAUAAGCUUUCAAUUCUGGGAGUUCGCUCCUUCGACAACACCCGCAGCGAAACCAUCCAGUUCCACACCCCCCUUACGUUGAUCGUCGGAUACAAUGGAUCAGGAAAGACAACGAUUAUCGAAUGUCUCAAGUACGCCACCACUGGCGACCUCCCGCCAAAUAGCAAGGGCGGUGCCUUCAUCCAUGACCCGAAACUAUGUGGGGAGAAAGAAGUCUUGGCUCAAGUGAAGCUGUCAUUCAAGGGCACAUCGGGUGCUAAGAUGGUAUCUACACGGAGUCUACAACUCACCGUGAAGAAAACCACCCGGCAGCAGAAGACGCUAGAAGGUCAACUGCUGAUGAUCAAAGAUGGUGAAAGGACAGCUAUCUCGUCGAGAGUUGCGGAGCUGGAUCAGAUCAUGCCUCAGUACCUUGGGGUCUCCAAAGCCAUCUUAGAUUCUGUAAUUUUCUGCCACCAAGACGAGAGCUUGUGGCCUAUGAGUGAACCUUCGGUCCUGAAGAAGAAGUUCGACGAGAUCUUUGAAGCGAUGAAGUACACAAAGGCUAUUGAUAAUAUCAAGGCUCUGAGGAAAAAGCAAAACGAAGAACUUGCCAAAUACAAGAUCAUGGAACAACACGCCAAGGAGGACAAGGAGAAAGCGGACCGAGCAGAAAAGCGAUCGAUUAAGCUACAAGAAGAGAUCGAAGCCUUACGUGAUGACACACAUCAGCUUUCUCAGGAGAUGCGACGUGUCGCCGAGCUAGCCGAUAAAGCCUGGCGAGAGUCGGAAAGUUACGCCCAAGUCCUUGGUACUCUGGAAGGAAAGCGUAUUGAGGCAAAAAGUAUUCAAUCAACAAUUGACAAUUUGAAACGACACCUCGUCGAGCUUGACGAUUCGGACGAAUGGUUACAGGCAAAUCUGGAACAGUUCGAGUCCAAGCAGCUUCAGUAUGAACAGCAAGAAGAGGCGCAAAAGGAGAACUACAUGGAGAUCAAGGAGCAGAUAGAGCGGACGCGGCAAAAAUUAGGUGUCAAACAAGCAGAAUACGGCAAGUUUGAGAAUGACAAGGCCAAUUUUGAGCGGCAGGUUGAACGGAGACAAAGGAUGACCAAAGAAAUCGCACGUAGCAACAAUAUUCGGGGGUUUGACAACAUUCUGGACCAGGGUGAUGUCGAUGAAUUCUUGAGGAAGGUCAGAAAGUUACUGAAAGAUCAGAACCAGACCCUAGACCGAGUUAAGCGGGAGGCACAAGGCGAACUGCGCGAAGUGCAAACGGCUCUGAACGAUAUUGCACAGCAAAAGUCGGCAUUGCAGGAAACCAAGAAUGCUGCUAGGCGUCAGAUGGCUGCGAAUGACAAGGAAUCGACCACCUAUCAAGGAAAGCUUAAUGAAAUCAACGUAGAUGAAGGGGUCCAAGCGGCGCUUGAAGCCAACAUUGAAGACAUUCAGUCGCACCUGAGUCAAGCUAAGGGGCGAGCAAAAUCUGCUUCGUGGGACAAAGAGAUCCACGACAUCAAUUCGGAGAUCCGAGGCCUUGAAGAUGAGAGUUCGCGCUUGAACUCGGAACUCAUCGAUGCGACUAAACGGGCCGGUGACUUGGCACGAUUGGAUCAUCUAAAGAAGGAAUUGAAGGAGCGGGAGCGCAGCCUGGAAACUAUGAAGGGCGCUCACGGCGAACGUCUAUCUAAACUCGUCAGCCAAGACUGGAAACCUGAUACCCUGGAGCAAGAAUUCCAUAAUGUGCUGGAAGAACAAUCCAAGCAGGUGUCACGCGCUGAAAACGAACGAGAUGGCGUCAGCAGGGAGCUGGAACAAGUGGAAUUCAGACUUAAGAGUGCCAAGAAGAUUUUAGGGCAACGACAGAAGGCGCUAAAAGAAUGCAUCGAGGAGAUUCGUGAAGCUAUCAAUGACGAACCCGAGGAAUUUCCUGAAGUUCUCAGGCAACGACAAGCACAGCUUGAUAUUGCAAGAAAAGAUGCUGAGCAAUAUGCUGGAAUCGCUAAACGAGAUGCCGAUGAUGAAGAUGUGAAGAACUUAGAAGAGGAUCUUGAGGCUGCACGCGCAGCCAGCACUUCUUACGAUACAUGGUCUCGCCUUCAGCAGACGGAAAUCCCGGAGUUGGAAAAGGAAGAGGAACAAUACGUAUUGCAGCGUGAUGAGCUCCUCAAUCAGUUGGAGGACCGCGACAAGAUUGUCAGCGAAAAAACUGAAAAGAAAAGAGAUGUCGAAGCUCUCUCCAAAACUGUUAACACGGUCAUCCGAUAUGAUGGUGAAUUAAAGUCCAUCCGUUCCCAGAUACAAGGCCUUUCCUCUAAACAGCAGGAUACUACCUCUGCACGCACGCUCGAGGAUAUUCAAGAUGAGAUAGCGGCGAUUGGUGAAAAGUCCAGGGCUUUGAAGAAGAACCUGUCGAAGCUCACACAUGACAAAGAGCAGACACAGUCGGAGAUCAAUAACCUGGAAUUGCAACUAAGAGACGUGAAGAGUAAUCUCGACAAUGCGAAAUUUCAAUUAGAAAGAAAGUCGGACCUGCUCACUCGUAUUGAAGAAUACAAAAAUCUCAACAACCAACAACGAGAAACAAUCGCAAAAGCUGAUAGGGAUAUUGAGGAUUUGACCCCUGAGCUUCUCAAGGUUCAGGCUAAGUACGAUGAUAUUAGCCAGCGGGCCGAGGCACGCGAAAGAGACAUGCAACAAACAAUCUCUCAGAUGUCGGAAAGUGUACAUCAGCUGGAGCUGGCAAACGAAGAGAUUGAUGCAUACAAUGAACGGGGAGGUCCGACUCAACUGGAACGCAGUAAGCGCGAACUCGAGCAAAUCGAGAAGCAGAUUGGCCAGCUCGAAGCCGAGCAGGCGGAUAUCACGAAAGAGAUUAAUAAGAUAUCUUCCCAGCUGAAGGAUAGCGAGAACACCAAGCGUCAAUAUGCGGAUAAUCUCACAUAUCGUCAAGCAACUAGGGCGCUUGAUGAGGUCACACAAGAGAUCGAACAGUUAGCAGCCCAGAACGCAGAGGUUGAUCGGAGUCGGUUCAAAGACGAAUCAGAACGUCGAACCCGCGAGCAUAACGCACUGGCUGCAAAGCAAGCCAGCAGGAUGGGUGAGAUGAAAUCUAAAGACGAUCAACUGAUGCAGCUUCUCGCAGACUGGAACACGGAUUACAAAGAUGCGGCGCCCAAAUACAAGGAAGCACACAUCAAGGUGGAGACUACUAAAGCUGCGGUGGAUGACUUGGCUCGCUACGGAGGAGCCCUGGAUAAAGCCAUCAUGAAAUACCAUGGCUUAAAGAUGGAGGAGAUCAAUGCCAUUAUCGGAGAACUAUGGCAGAAGACCUACCGAGGCACGGACGUUGAUACUAUCCUUAUCCGCUCCGAUAAUGAAAAUGCCAAGGGUAACCGGUCUUAUAACUACCGAGUCUGUAUGGUCAAGCAGGGUGCGGAAAUGGAUAUGCGUGGACGCUGCAGUGCAGGGCAAAAGGUACUCGCAAGUAUCAUCAUUCGCUUGGCUCUCGCAGAGUGCUUUGGUGUCAACUGCGGUCUCAUCGCGCUUGACGAGCCGACAACGAAUCUUGACCGGGACAAUAUCCGGUCCUUGGCCGAGUCACUACAUGAUAUCAUCCGCACUCGUCAGGCGCAGAGUAAUUUCCAGCUCAUUGUAAUCACGCAUGACGAGGAAUUCCUGCGGUAUAUGCAGUGCGGCGACUUUAGCGAUUACUACUACCGGGUGUCUCGAAAUGAGAAGCAGAAGUCGAUCAUCGAGAGACAGUCAAUCGCAGAGGUUAUGUAA